AAACAAUGUGUUUGUUGUACAUUUGUUCGUGUUCCGAUUGUCAUUGUGCGGGUAAUUUGUUAGUGUAGUUUUUGUUUUUGUGCUAUCAAAUGUCUAUAAACUCGCUUUGGGCUUUCCCCUCAUAUGAAUUCGCCUUGAUGAUUUUAAUUACACGAAAAUUGGAGCUCCUCUAUAAAUUAUAAAAAUUCUCGAAUGGCUCCACAGCCGGUCGUAACUGGGCUUUCGCCAAAGGAAGGUCCUCCAGGUACUCGAGUUAUAAUACGUGGAGAGUUUUUAGGAACAAGAGCAACUGAUUUAAUUGGUCUGAAAAUCUGUGGGUCUGAUUGCUUACUAUCGGCAGAAUGGAAAUCGCCUAAUAAAAUUAUAGCGCGUACAGGGCCGGCGAAGGGUAAAGGCGAUAUCAUUGUUACCACCAUAAGUGGUGGCGAAGGCACUUCUACUGUGCAGUUCCGCGCUUAUCAUGAAACAAUUGGACCCUUGAAAGAGUCUGCGGUAUGGAUAGAGGAAUCUCCCUCACAAAACUUUGCUUGGGGUCGACGCACAUUGGCGCAAUCAGUUUUAACACAGGAAGAUCCACUCGGCUUGUCUAUUGAAGGCAAUGAACAAAAAAUACCGGAAGAUUUAAGAGAUUUGUUUCCCGAUGCAAGCGGUGAUUUAUCGCAAGAUAAUUUUUCUCCUGCUUGGUUUUUGCUUGAAAAUCACUUGGCAACUUCCUUUGAGGAUUUGAAGGCUGGUUUAUCCUAUUUAAAGCGUAAAGUGGAAAGUCAAAAGGAGGGACAAUUGUCAUUUUUGAAGUCGAACGCUGGCUCCGUAAUUGACCAGCUAGAUACGUUGAUGAAUAUAAGAGAUAAAUUGCAAGAAGACACACGCAUAUAUGGCACUGAGCCAUUAAAUGUGCUUGAAAGCUCGAUUGAGAGCUCAAUUAGUGAAUCCCAAAAUAUUUUCACGGAAGUGUUGUUACGCAAAGAAAAGGCUGACUCCACACGCGCAGUAUUAUUUGCGUUAUCGCGCCAUAAAUUCCUAUUUUGCUUGCCAAAUUCGGUGGAACGACGCGCACAGGCUGGCGAAUACGAUAUUGUUGUAAAUGAUUACGCGCGUGCCAAAAACCUUUUUGGCAAAACCGAAAUACCGAUGUUUCGUCGAGUGCUUGAAGAAGUGGAUCAACGUAUCCUACAAAUCCGAAAGCAGCUGCACGAGAAAGUAGUUAAAAUGCCGCAGAGCGUAGAGCAACAAAAGAAACUAAUAAAAGCGUUAACCAGUCUUGAGGUGCAGCAAAGCGGCACCGCUAUUGGCGAUCGUCUGCGUAAUGUUGAUCCUGCUUGGGACGCAAUCGAAGCACGUGCAAAGUAUUUAGAAUUCACCUUUAAACAAACAUUCGAGCAGUACACAUCCAAGGACCAAGCAGGACAAGAAAAAUCCAAAAAUCGCGAUAAUUCCAAUCAACCGCAUAAUCGUGUGGUAUUUUGUGAAGAAAUUUGCGAUAUAGCUGCAUCACAACUGCCAGACCUAUGGCGCCUUGGGCAGUUAUAUUUCACUGGUGAACUGCGAGGGGCACACGAUCCAAAGCCGGGUGAUUUCAAGCGCAUGGUUUUAAAUGGAAUAGAAAAAUUUUGCGCGUACUUGCGUGUUGCUAUUCUCAUUGCUUCGGAUCUGCGCGCCUUGCGUCAAACAACUGGCUUAUCCUGGCCCAUCGGUUCGUCGUCGGCUACUCAUCAGUUUCUACCUUGGAUAUCACAGUGUUUGCGUUAUACGCGCAUCACAUACGCUACUCUCAUUCGUUUGGAUUUACCAUCUGACGCUUUGGAUAUUAUACAAAAAUUGAUUGAUGAAAUACGUAUUUUCUGUUUUUCUAUAACUUUCAAAAGGGCUAGUGAUCGCUGCAAGAAGUUGGGCGAACAAGAAACUUGGGAUAUGGGUAUCGAAGAUUUCCCAGGUGCAACAAUGUUGCCAAAUUGUUUAGAGAAGUUGCUGAUAGAGACGCUUGAUGAGGCGCAAAAUUCGUGCAUGAAUCCAGAAAUAAGGGAAGGCAACUUACUCGAGCCUCAAUCCGACGGUCAACGCGAAGUGUCACAACGUUUGCAAGAAUUUUUAUCUACAUUUUGCGGUGUUAUUGAAGAGUUGGCCUAUCAGUCACACGACGAGGAAACACCAACACAUAAUGUUUCGCAAUUGAUUGGCUAUCCAAAUGUUCAACAGAGCGGGCUAACGUCUGGACGCUUUUGGAGCUCAAACGUCAUAACUUGGGAACAACGCAUGCUUUGUUGCCUAGCCAACUGCGCCUAUUGCAAUAAGAGUUUCUUUCCACACGUAGGCGAUGUAUUUGUUAAAUAUGGUUACCCUUUGCCCACGCUGGCGAUCGAAACUUCACGCUAUUCCGUAAAUCAACUAUUUACAAAUCUCUUGGAGGCAUAUGUAGAGCAUAAAGGAGAUCCCUUAGUUGGCACAAUAGAACCUUCAAUGUAUUUGGGUCGUUUUCAAUGGGAUAAUGAAAUGGAAAUUGGCAAAUUGCGUCCAUAUGCGCAUGAAUGCUGCGAUAACUUAGUUGGUGUAUAUUCAGAGAUAUAUACCAUAUCACCAGCACUACUACGUCCAAUACUUGAGCCAAUUGUGUUAACCGUUUCCGAGGAGCUGGCGCGCUUAAUGAGCUGUGUGCAAGAAUUCAGCUACAGCGGCGCUAUACAAGCUAAUGUUGACAUACGCUUGAUAAGGGAUGCAUUGAAAUUCUAUACAAAUGAAACUGGAAAAAAUUAUUUCCUUGAAGCCUUGGAGGCUAUAAAACCGCCCCUUAAUUCGGAGCAAUUGAAGAAAAGUGACGAAAUUUUGGAGCGUGUAAAAAAGUGCAUGAAGCUACAGCUUAUGUGCUUUUCAGUUAAGGAUCCAUAAAUUUUUAGUUUGACGUGAAAUUUUUAAAAUUACAUUUUCUAAACACGCAUUAAGUAGUACGCAUUAAAGUUAAUCGCAUAUUUAUUCACAAACACUUUUUAAAUAUAUAUCUAUGCGCAUAUAAAUAA